CCACCUUCCCCGCCGACGAGGGAGGUAAUACGCCUCCAUGAGCUCUCUCUUUGCCCCUAUUCAAAACUUGGUGAAGCACGCCUUUUGUCUCAUGGGAGAAAACGAGCCUCCGCUCCCGUCACGGGCAGAUCUGGCAAGAGCGAAGCAAGCUAUACUCGCCCGACACGUUGAGCAACUGCACCAGCCCCGACUCCUAUGUGCGCUCGCAUUAGGCAAUGAGAGUGAGGACAGGAAAUCGAGUUCGAUUGAGGAAACGAAAUCCAAAUCGAUGAAGGACUUGGUAGGGAUAGGCGUGCUUGCGACCACUAUGAGGGAGAUGGCUGUUUUGCUCUCCCAGUGGACGGGAGAGUGCGGGUUGCAGGUAGAGCAGGCGAAGGCUGCUUAUGCUGCUAGUGCGUUCAUCCAUUCUGCAGUCGAGUUGUCUACCACUGCCGAGACGUCCCCGGAGGAGAUCCACUGGCCCAUCACCCGCUUGGCGCUUAUGCAAUCCACAGCUAUGUACCUGCGCAAUCUGGACCGCGUCAAGUUGGCUAUUGCUGCGUCGGACGAGGGGGCGAGUGAAGCGCUGAAGGAGUCGCAGAAGGGGAUUGGGGAGCUUGCGCGCAGCUGGGGUUUGGAAUUUAUGGUUCUGUGCGACCUAGUGGAUGAUCACCCUCUCUCGCACUGGUACUGGGACGGCCCGUUUUGCGGGGCGUUCUACCCCUCUUUCCCGACUUUCUCUUCCUCCACACCAUUCAUUCUCCUGGCAUUCAAGGGGACGACACCGACCAACGUAGGGGAAUGGCUCGUCGACCUCGAUUUUGCCGCCGCUGUUCCGGCUGCCUCAGCAGGGGAAGGGGAAGGAGUAUGCUUUGGCGCUCCUGUGAGUAAAGGGGUUUCCCAGGCGCUGUUCGAGCCGUACGAUAUUGCGAAAAAGAAGGUUCCGUUUGAUUUGAUCAUUGAGGGUUUGAGGGAUUUGGCAUGUGCGCUCGGAGGAGGAAUCCGGAAUCCGGUGCCGGUUUACGUUACGGGUCAUUCCCUGGGCGCCUCCUACGCGACGCUCUUCUACGCCGAGGCACUACGCCGACCUCCGAACAAGGAGCCUUUCGUCCUAGUCGACCUACAUACGUUCGGCGCUCCCAGAGUCGGCCUCUCCCAAUUCGGCCUCUCCCUCUGCUCCCUCGUCGCAUCACGCAACGUCCACACGUGGAGAAUAGCCAACACCGGGGACUUGGUAACAUCCGUCCCGCCCGUGGUUAACGACGCCGGGCAGGAGUUCGAGCAUAUGGAUUGUGGCUUGCGGGUAGAGAAAGGCAAGCCAAGUAUGAAGCUGGAGAGCGAGCUCGGGAAGGGGGCGGAGGCGUGCGCAAGGGGAGGGGUCAUUGAUCAUGCUUGUGAGAGGUAUUGGGAGGCUCUGGGCUCGGCUGCUGGGAGGGGCUAG